AAAGCUACAAAAAAGAAAGCAAGAUUUGGAAUUGGGAAAGAAACAUUUGGAGCUUUAUCAGACCACUUAAAGGGAAGCUGUCGACAGCCUAAUGUUUGUUGUCAGCCAGCAGCGGUUUCCUUUGCCAGGGUGCCUGAGUUCACCUGUCAGGUGGCGGGCUGCUGCCAGGUAUUCGACACCCUGGAGGAUUAUGAGCAUCACUACCACACUCUGCACAGAAACGUGUGCUCCUUCUGCAAGCGGGCCUUCCCCUCGGGACAUCUGCUGGACAUACACAUCCUGGAGUGGCACGAUUCCUUGUUCCAGGUCCUGUCGGAGCGGCAGGACAUGUAUCAGUGCUUGGUGGAAGGCUGCACAGAGAAGUUCAAGACCAGCAAAGACAGGAAGGACCACCUGGUGAGACAUCACCUCUACCCUGGGGACUUCCGGUUUGAUAAACCAAAGAAAAGCAAAGGCCCAGCCACGUCCAUGGCUGCCAUGGAAGUGCCGACAGAAGCCAUGGGGGAUGAUGGGGACACCAUGGAAGUCUGCUCUGAACACGUGACACCACCCCCAGAGCCCGUGGGUGAGAAGCGGACCUACCGCCACAGAGUACCUUCCACCAUCUGUUUUGGUCAAGGUGCAUCGCGAGGAUUUAAAAGCACCAAGAACAGAAAUAAGCACUAGUGACAGCUGAGCCAGAGAGCGGGCCUUUGCCACCCUUCAUGUCUCGGUCCUUUGGGGUUGGCGGGAUGACACCAGUUGCCAGUAUCAGCAGAGAGUGACCCCAGAUUUCGGCAGUGACUCUGCUCCCAUCCCUCCCUCUGUAGGGGCCAUCCUACAAGUGUUCUUUAUAAAGCAUAUAUUUUUUA